AUGGUUACAAAGGCUGUUGAUGAUGACAAUACAUUACCAGAUUUAACUCCUCGGAUUAAGCAAGCCAAAUUGGAUAUUGAAGCUGCAACUCAACCGAAUGAAGACAAAAACGGCAGCGAUCUCGAAUCCGAGGACUUUUUUGACAAGUAUGUCUACAGUGACAUAGAAACGCCAUCUUUUGACAUUUUGCAGCAAGCCAUGACAGAUUCUAACAUACCACAAGAACCAAGCAAUUUACGUAAAAGUCCAGUGCAUUAUAUAGACCAUAUAGACACUCAACUAGAACCCGAAAACAGUCAAAAUACCAUUACAUGUAUGCAGGAUACAAGUCUUUGUGACUCACCCAUCACAUCUACUGUUCGAAAUGAAUCCAGAAGCAAUAGCCAAAUUCGCAGUCAACAAGCAGAUUUUGCCGACCCAUUCUCAAUGAAUUUAUGUUUACAUCGAACAAUACUACAGAAUGAAUUGAUAGGAUAUUUCAAAAAACCAGAUAUUCUCCAUUCAAAUUUGAAUAUUUCAUUUGUUGAUGAAAAAGGGCAAGAUCAAGAUGGGUUGUCUAGAGACGCUUAUGCCGGGUUUUGGGAUUCGUUUUACCAAAGGAAUACUGAUGAAGAAACGUAUAGAGUACCCAUUUUAGUCAACGAGUACUCACAAGAGGAAUGGGGCUCAAUUGGGAGGAUAUUGUUAAAAGGUUUUAUAGACCAUCGAUAUUUCCCUAUAAACCUGGCUCCAGCCUUUGCCAUUGCAUUAAUUCACGGAGAAGAUAGUAUAACACCUUCGAUUCUCAAAGAUUCGUUUCUACUAUUCCUAUCAAAUUCAGAAAAGGAUGUCCUGAUACAGGCUAUAGAUGGUAAGGAUUUUGAUGAGGAUGAACUAUUAGGCAUAUUAGACCGUUUCCACUCACACGUUCUUCCACACAAGGAUGAAUUAAACGCUUUCAUAUUGCAAGUGGCACACACGAGUCAUAAUACAAGAACCAAAAUACGCACUAGAUUCAAUGAAAGCCGUCUGUGGAACUGCACUUCGAGACUUUCUUCCAGACAGUAA